UGACGCUCUGUUCAGUGAUAGUCUGUCUCGCCCAGCCUUCUAGAGCUCAGGCAUGUCAGUCCAACACAGGUACGGCGCCCCUUGCUCGGCCGAGCGGAGGACAGGCCCGGGCCAGCGCGAACCGGCUGAAGGCAAGGAGGCGGCCUGGGCCAACAUGGCCGCCAGCGCCCCCGAGGUGGUGUAUGAUCGGAUCCGGGACCGGGAGCGGGCUCUGGGCCCAGGCCGCUGUCCUUGGAUGACGGAGGAGGAGUUGGAGGAGGAGGGCGGGGUCGGCGAGGGGGUCGAGGACGACGAAGAUGACGAGGACGGACCUGAGGGUUACCACUGCCAGAUCUGUGGCUACCACACCGACCAGCUGCAACCCUUCAAUGUCCAUCUGCACUCCGCCCACCCGGCCGUGGUGCUGCAGGAGCUCUACGGGUUACUGGGCCUGACGGGAGGACCCAUCCCCGGCCUGGGCCCCUUCGGAGGUCUUGUCCCCGGCCUGGGCCCUUUUGGAAGCGUUGUGCCCGGCCAGACCUCGUGUGGAGGCCCAGUGCCAAACCGAGGGCUACUCAGAGGCCUGAUAUUGAGCCAGGGCAUGUCCGGAGGCCACGUAGCAAGCCUGGGCCUGCCUGGAGGCCCAGUACUAAGCCAGGACCUGUCUGAAGACUCCGUACCAAGCCAGGGCGUGUCUGGAGGCCCAGUACCAAGCCAGGGCGUGUCUGGAGGCCCGGUACCAAGCCAGGGCCUGUCUGGAGGCCCGGUACCAAGCCAAGGACUAUAUGGAGGCUCCAUACCCAACCAAGGCCCGUCUGGAGGCUCCAUACCCAACCAGGGCCUGUCUGGAGGCUCCAUACCCAACCAGGACCUGUCUGGAGGCUCCAUACCCAACCAGGGCCCGUCAGGAGGCUCAGUACCAAGCCCAGGCCUAUCAGAAGGGACCUCCCCUAGCCAGCGCCCAUCAGGAGGGCCUGUUUCAGGCAGGGGCCUGCCAGCCCUCUCCCUCCUCAGCCAGGCCCGAGGCGGUGGGCAUGUCCCCAGUCCGGUCCAAGGGGAGGGUCGGCUGGACGGGCGGGUGAAGCCGGACAUUGUGCACAUCGACCUGACCGGAGAGGAUGAGGCAGGGGGGAGAGAGGGCGCAGCCGGCGGGGGCCCGGGCGGGGGUCCCAGCCCGGCUUGCUCCCCCUCCCCCACCCCCUCUGCCGAGCUGGAGCCGGGAGCCGAGGGCCCACUGGCUGAGGCCUUCAGCCGCUUCCCGUACCCGAGUCCGGAGGAGCUGGCCCGCUGCGGCCUAUCGGCGGGGCUGUCCGCCGAGCGGGUCCGCGUCUGGUUUGCAGUGCAGCGGCUGCGCCAUGGCAUCAGCUGGACCCCCGAGGAGGUCCGGGAGGCCCGCCACAGGCUAUCCAGCACCCUGCGGCUGCCCGUGCCGCCCACGCUCACUGAUGGUCACCUGGUCUUGGCGCCGGCCUACGAUGGAGGAGGAGGAGGAGGGGGCGGGGUGCUGGCCCUCCACCUCCUUCACCCCAAGGAGGCCUGCGCCUCCCCCGGCGAGCGGCGCUGCCGCAAGGCCCAGGCCCAGGCCCUGAGGGCCGGCAUUGCCCGGCAAUGGUGCGAGGAGGAGGUGCAGAGGCCUCAGGCCCGAACCGCCCCAGCCCGCUCGGAGAUCGAGCGCUGGUUCAGCGACAGCCACCACCAGCCGAGGGGCCCGCCGGGGGAGGCUGGGCCCUCUCCCCACACCGAACCCCAGCCCGGCCAGGCCUCCCCGGCGCCCUCAGGCCGUCCCAGGAAGACCAAGGAGCAGCUGUCGGUGCUGAAGGCCUUCUUCCUGCGCUCUCGGUGGCCCAGCGGCGCCGACUACAGCCUCCUGGUGGAGCGCACCGGCCUGGCCCGGGCCGACGUCAUCCAGUGGUUUGGCGACACCCGCUACGCGCUGAAGAAUGGCCAGCUCAAGUGGGUGCACCGCGGGCUGGGAGCGGGCGGCGGAGGGGGCGGCGCGCCCCAGGCCGCACAGCGGGAGGACCCGGCGGGGGAGGGCCUGUGCGGGGCCAGCAGCGCCGAGUGGCUCCGCCAGAAGAGAAGGAGGAGGAGGCGGAGGAGGAGGACGCUGCUGUCGGGGAGGGGCGACGAGGGGGAGGGAGGAGGCGACUCAAAUUGAGUUGGCCGUGGCGGGUGGCGACGGCCGGUUGAAGGUCUCAUCCAGCGAGCGACGCAGGCGGACCGCAGAGUGGAGUAGCAUAGACACGUCAAGCGUAGGCAAAAACGGCAGCAAAGUCGCAGGCCCGGUCGAACGCUGAGGGUUGGUGUGGGGGUGCCGGGCCCCACGACGUUCAAAAAUCGCUCAGCGCCCCGAAAGCCGGGGUGCUCCCGAAUAAACCGGUCGGACAAUA